AACCCAGCAUGGCAGCAGCUCCGGCGCCGUCCGACCGGUUCGACGUGAUCGUGGUGGGCGCGGGCAUCAUGGGCAGCUGCGCGGCGCACGCGGCGGCGUCCCGGGGCGCGCGCGUGCUCCUGCUCGAGCGCUUCGACCUGCUGCACCACCGCGGCUCGUCGCACGGCGAGUCGCGCACCAUCCGCGACGCCUACCCGCAGCCGCACUACCCGCCCAUGGUCCGCCUCGCGCGCCGCCUCUGGGCCGACGCCCAGCGGGACGCCGGGUACGACGUCCUCACGCCGGCGCCGCACCUCGACCUGGGGCCCAGGGACGACCCCGCGCUCCUCGCCACCAUCGCCAACGGCGGCGCCGCGGAGCUCCCCGCCGCCGGUGGAGCCAGGCCGGCGUGGGCCGACGCGUUCAGGGUGCCGGAGGGGUGGACGGCGGCGUGCGGCGACCUGGGCGGGGUGAUCAAGGCCACCAAGGCGGUGGCCAUGUUCCAGGCGCUCGCCGCCAAGAUGGGCGCCGUCGUCAGGGACAAGGUGGAGGUGGUCGACGUCGCCAGGAAGCAAGGAGAAGGAACGACAAUCGUGGUUCGAACCUCGAGUGGCGAGGAGUUCCAUGGCGCCAAGUGCAUCGUCACAGUGGGCGCGUGGACGAGCAAGCUGGUGAAGUCCGUCACCGGCGCCGACCUCCCCGUGCAGCCUCUCCACACGCUCAUCUGUUACUGGAAGAUCAAACCGGGCCACGAGCACGAGCUGACGACGGAGGCUGGGUUCCCGACGUUUGCUAGCUACGGCGACACGUGGAUCUAUAGCACACCGUCGAUGGAGUACCCUGGCCUGAUCAAGAUCUCCAUGCACGGCGGGCCGCCGUGCGACCCAGACAGCAGGGACUGGGCUAUCGGCCCUGGGGAGGGCGGGCUGGUGGAUCCCGUGGCGCGGUGGAUAGAAAAAGUUAUGCCGGGCCACGUGGACACUGCCGGCGGCCCGGUGCUCCGGCUGCCGUGCAUGUACUCCAUGACGCCCGAUGAGGACUUCGUGAUUGACUUCCUAGGUGGGGAGGAGUUCGGGAGGGAUGUGGUGAUCGGCGCCGGAUUCUGUGGCCAUGGGUUCAAGAUGGCACCAGCUGUGGGGAGGAUCCUGGCAGAGAUGGCGCUGGACGGCGAGGCUAGGACAGCCACGGAGGCCGGCGUGGAGCUCCAGCACUUCAGGAUCGGCCGGUUUGAGGGAAACCCGAUGGGGAAUGCAAUGAGUUUCUGAGAUGCAAUUAUGAAAUGGUCGACACGUCUGUGCGGCCGUGGUUGCGUGGAAUCAAUUUCUUGAUUUUAUUGUCUAUUUCCAUAUGUACAUUGCCAGUUGGUUUGUGUUUGCUACAAUCUGUCUAGAGUACUAUCUGUAACUUUUAUAUAUGUGAUUUUAUUGUUUA